GCGCGUGUCGAGCGGCAGCCAUUCUGAGACUUGCGCCCCUCUGUUUUGAAAGUGUAGAUGAGGUGACGCUAUGCAUUCACUGUGAUUUCUUCCUUGUGCCCAGAACGACGAGGCCAGUUGGUAGUGAAGAAGUAUUAGUCGUAGCAUAUAGAAGGCGGUAUCUGAUACAAUCUGAGACCAGAUGGAGCAGGAAGUGAAUCGUCACCAGCCCAUGGGGGUCCCUCACUCAUUUGGCAGGUGGAGGAGUGCACUGCAGUCUGUAAGUCAAGAUUCCAGUAGUGAGCAGUCUUCUGUAUGGAAUGAGGGCACAUGUAACAAAAUCUCCAGAAGUGAUGGAGAAAAUAUGAUAGAUAAUUGUUCCUCUGUUACAAAGCUGCAUGGGAAUCAAAGAAGAGGCCCUCUCAUACCCCUUAGAGAUGUGAAUAAUUCUAUAGAACCUACAGAGGGGGUUCAAGUCCUGGGUACUCAGUCUGCCAAGAAGCAGUAUGGCUACAAAUCUAUCACCAGUUUCAGGAAAAGUCAUCAGCGAAGGUCGUGUGCACCUCGCUUUAUGAACACAGGAUCUGAAUCUCCGUGGGCUACCAAUGCCACAGCUAAUGAAGGUUACAAAAAUGAUAAAACUAAUAACCUGUACUCUUCGGCAACCAAGUUUCCAGUGAGUCAAGGUGAGGAUUGUGAAAAUGUGCCUGAGGAGCCUGCAGUUCCAAAGUUCACCUCCAGGUUUCAGUCACGCCUCAGGAGGAGGAGUAGCUUGCUGAAGUGUGAAGGAGAUGCAGAGACAAAGAUAACUGAGAAUUGCUCUGAAAGUACCAAUGCCACUGCUAAUGAAGGUUACAAAAGUGAUAGAACUAAUAACUUGUAUUCUUCGGCAACCAAGUUCCCAAUGAGUCAAGGUGAUGAUUGUGAAAAUGUACCUGAGGAGCCUGCAGUUCCAAAGUUCACCUCCAGGUUUCAGUCACGCCUCAGGAGGAGGAGUAGCUUACUAAAGUGUGAAGGAGAUUUAAAGACAAAGAUUCAAGAUAAUGUAAUCGAGAAUUGCUCUGAAAGUAAAGACAAAAGUAGAAAUGAACAUAAAACAAUUCUUGAAGAUGAACAGGAGGAGGCAGAUGUUAUUUCUUCCCACUUCAAAAGUUCCAAAGUCAGAAUGGAUAAUCAGGAAGAGCCAGCCAGUGAGAAAGAGAGUGAACAGAAAUCCCACUUCCUUGUGGGGGAAGGAAGAAGGCGAUUAAGUGGAGCAAAAGGAAGAAGGUCUCUGCUUGAGUUUGCAAGACAGAGAGCCCUGGUUUCUCAGUCCUCUGUGGAAAGAGUGACAGCCUCAGGAGGAAGUGAAAUAGCUCCCUCAGGACAAAGACCUGGUAUUUCAGUGUGCAGAUCACGCUUCAGUCAGUGGAUGCCAAACGGGAGUUUGGGAAAGAUCAGCCAGCAGAAAGACUUGCCAGUGACAAACAAAGCAGAGGGGAACAAGUUACAGGAUUGUCGGAAGAUGUUGGCAUUUGAGAGUGGAGAUGAGGGAGAGGACAGUGAGGACCAGACUGCCCCUCUCUCCAUGCUGGUUCAGACACCAAUCAUGAAUAGAGCAUCUGUUCUUCAGAAUCCCAGAGAUCAAAAACAGCAAAAAAAAGUCUGUGAGCCUAUUAUCAAGAAAAGCCUCCUUGAUAAUGGUGUGAAGACUUCGAGGUUCAGGAGAAAGAGUAUUGUAAUUCGCCAGCAGCCAGAGGAUAAUUCUGCUUCAUCACAUCAAAAUAUGGAACUGAAGGUUUCAAGAUUUACCCCUCCUAUUACCAACAAAAGUGUGAAUCCAUCAAGUGAAGCUUUGCUAUGGCACAGAACACAACCAGAAAACUCUGAUGCUCCCAGUCACACACUACAGGAAGCCAGCACUUACAGCUGCUCAAGUAUAAGUAGUGAGAAGAAAAUUAAUGUUCCUGCACAUCCAGGGUCCACCAAGAGAAUGCAAAGACGAAGAAGUGCUGCUGUCCUAUGUGUUCGUACUCCAAUGAAGAGAAAAAGUAUGAGCUUUGAGCCAAAGAGCACCUCUAAGUUGAUUUGUUCUUCUGUUUCAUCAAAAACAUUAGGUGCUAAGGGAACACAGAAACAUAUUAAGUCAAGAAGAAGUUUGAUUGUGGGUACACAGUUAUCUUCACUGCCUCAGUCAGUGAACAAAGUGAUCCCAUCUGACAGUGAAUGUUUGCAUGAAGAGAAUACAAUGCAAGAUAAAGUGACAUCUGGCAAUUCUAAUAAAGUUGAUGCCUCCACGAACACAACAAUUAACUUUGCCAAGAUCAAGCAUUUAGAUUUAAAAGUCUUAAAAGAUAUUGAAAGCCUUCUAAAGGAGCAAGAAGAAUUAAAUGCUGAAGCAGUCCUAUUGCAGGAUAAGACUACAGCAAGGCGUCUGGAAAUGAAGCAAAAGAAGCUGAUGGAGAGUUUUGCAACUUCAAUAUCACCGUUAAAGAGACUAAAAGCCAUGUUCUCAGAAAACCAUGUGGAGGAAGGUGAAGUAAAGGAAAGCCCUCAACAAGACAAGGCUGAAGGUGAGAGUGGUGCAUGUGAAAGUGCUGUUGCCACACAAGAGUCGCACUGUUCCUUGGACCAGAGUGGGACAGAGUGGGUGAGUCCCAAGGCACCUCUUGACAUCAGGAACCACCAGAUACAGUGGAGGCGACGGCAGCAGGACAACAGGUUAACAAGGACAUUCCAAGAAUCCAGUAUCAAAGAGGAGGAGUUUGCAGAACCUUACCAAGGAGACACCUCCCCCUUCACUAUUCUGGUGGGUGACUGUGAGCGGCCAUCUCUUGCCCCAAUGACACCACACUCACGUAAACAUGUGGGUAUGCUGAAGUUGAGCUUGAAGGAACAGCUGGAGCAAUUAUAUAAUAACUGAUCAGGAAAGGCAACUUCCAUAUUUUUAGUUCUUUUCUGUAGUAGGGCAUAGAUUUUUCAGUAUUUUUAUUGAUAAACUGUGUUUGUAUAGUUGUGGUGAGCAGAACACUUUUCCAUGUACUAUCUGCCACAUUUUGUAAGGGUCUUUGAGCUGUCAGUGAGCAGAGAGGGGGAAGGAGAAAAUUGUUAGCUACUUUUGAGAUUACUGUAGUUGUCUUAUUAUUAGUAGUGGGUAAACUACAAUGUGGGUAACCCUAUCAUAACAUACUUGUACAUUUGUGUUGUGGGCUGCUGAGAGAGAGAGAGAGAGAGAGAGAGAGAGAGUUCUCUCUUAUGUUAUGACCCCCUGCCCACAAGCCCUACAGUACAAGUAUGUCUACCAUAUCUCAUUGUACUGCUACAACUAACAAGACAAGUAAUUAUCCCUUCCCUUUGCCCAUUCCCUCACAGCUCAAAGACACUCACUGCACAGUACUCGUCAAAAUAUUUGGUGAAGACUGGUUCCCUGGAUUUUUUAGCUGGAUUUUUUAGGGUGAUAUGUGAGAUGAGUUUCAGGUAAAGCAAUUAGUACCAUCACCUUAAGGUUCCCAGGCAUCUGCUUAGACCCCUAAACUGUUUUUUUUUUCUUGCUUACACACAAUUUUUUUUUUUUUUAAUGUAGUUAAGGUUUUGUGCCUUCAAUAGCUUGUUAUUCUAGAGCCUGCUAAUCUAAGCCACACAGAUGUGAUAGCCCAGAUAUUGCUCUGGAGUAGAUGGACCACAAAAUCAAGGAAAGAGUUGGUAGGUGUAGGGAAGCUGACAGGCUGGUGCUAAUGUAUUACACCCUCCGGAAAAUAGUGGUCAGCUAUGCCUUGGAAAAGCUUUGGAAGACUUUUCUGAGAGCACAGACUGUGUUAAAAACAUUGUGGAGCCUGUCCUACGUGUGACGGCAAGACGAGUAAAGGAAGUUUCCCAGGAGACAGCAGAACUAGUCACAGGCACAAUCAGCUUACCACUGCAUUGUUAACUUACACCAACUAUCAUUUUUCUUGAUUUCAUGGCCUGCCUCCUUCAAACCAAAAUUGUCUGGGUUUAUCACAUGUGUGGCUGCAACUGGUAGAGGCCAUUCUAAGCCAGCAAAACCACAAAAGCCACCUGUAACUGCAUAAGGAAAAUGUGUGUUCAGUAAGAAAAACAAUAAAGUCUUUGCAUACAUACAUGUACUGAAACUGUCACCCAAGUUAUCCCAGAAAGUACAAUGCCUAUCAGCAGAAUCCUAAAUGGGUGGUUUUGUAUAAACCAGUCUCUCUCUCUCUCUCUCUCUCUCUCUCUCUCUCUCUCUCUCUCUCUCUCUCUCUCUCUCUCUCUCUCUCAGCCCAACAGCAAUCAGUUACCAUAGCCUCACCUUUUUUAUCCCUUGCAUUAUAUAGCUAGGUACUAUCCAUUACAGACACUUUGAGGCUUUUCAAUAUCUUCCAAACAAACAGUUGAAUCAGUGAAAUUUUGGCACAGCUUGUUUGACACCUAGUUUAUGGCACUACCAUGCAUUGCCAAGUGUUUCACUAGGGAGGUCACUCUCAAGCUUCUAAGGCAAAACUGGCAAGAGUCAAGUAGAUGUAGUUGUGACAUGUAAAGGGGAUAUGGAGUUUGGAGGAAGGGGAAGACUGGAGUUAGGGGAGAGGUAAUAGAGUGACUCAUGUAUGAAUGUCAUAAACACUCUAUGUGAGACCUUCCUGUAUCCAAAUAUCUCCUUGGCUCUUGUGAGCUUCAUCUUAAAAUCAUCUUAAUGAAACACUUGGCAAUGCACUGGCAAACAAGCUAUGCCAAAAUGUCAUAUUAAUCCAAUAUUUUUUUUAAGAUUCUUGCUGCAAGAAAUCAUGCCUCAUAGGGUCUGAAAUGGACAGUAGCUGCAUUUACUGUCAAAAUGUGUACUUUGGAGAUCAGCUGCUGCAUACCAAAGGUGAAUUUACCAAAUUGUACAAAUUGAGUGCCCUGUGUUACAGUCCUGUCUUCAUGCUCACAUUGUUCUUAUUUUGAAUAAAAUGAAUUAAUUA